CUGUUUCUGCUCCUCAUACUUCCACUGUCUCUUCUCUGUCUCCAUCCUUUCUUCUUCCUGACAUUCCACCUGCUGCUCCUGGUUGUGCUCCAGUCUCUAACCCAAAUAAGAGAAAGCGUGAGCACCAGCAGCAGGACCGCCCCUAUGUGAAGAAGCCACUAAAUGCCUUCAUGAUCUUCCUGCGGGACCAGAGGCCAAAGGUGGUGGCUGAGCUGAAUCCGAAAGACAGCGCUGCUGUCAACGCCGUCGUAGGCCAGAGGUGGAGGGAACUGUCUCCUGAGCAGAGGAGCAUCUACUUCGACCAGGCUCACGAGGAACAGAGGCUCCACAUGCAGCAGCACCCGGGCUGGGUCCCCAACUACAACCCUAAGGCAAAACGCGUUAAGAAGGAGCCAGCCGCCAGCUCUGCAGCGUCCAGCAGCCCAGGAGGGAGCAGCCGCAGCCAGUGACCAACAUCUGGAAUAUCUUUUUAUAUUUCCUUUGUUGUGUUCACUUUUCUAGUGUUUUACUGUUUGUAAAUCCACAUUCAGACCAAUGACCACACACACACACACACACACACACACACACACACACACACACACACACACACACACACACACACACACACACACACACACACACACAUGCACACACACACACACA